AUGUGGAAUGUGUCGGAUCUCCUCCGCGGCAUCACCCCCUUGAGCAUGUUGACUGAAUGGUCCGCGGUCUUCCGGACCCCAAUGUCCAUCGCCAAGACAGUCCUUCACAAGUUUGUUGGCUACCUGGAGGCGCAGGCCUCGGAGCUGAUCUGGAAACCUCGGUGCUCCGCGACGAUCGCGUGGGAGCAGACCCAGGGCAUCUCUGCCAAGGACAAGACAUCCAAGUACACAGGCCCCCGAGCAGCGACAAUUGUUGCGCAGAGCCAGGUUCUGGACCGGACUGCGACUGGUGGAUGGUGCACUGAAGAGUUUGGUCUGUAG